CUCCUCCUACCGGAUCCCAGUUCAGUUUAACGACAGGAACAAGAUGCGACGCUUGGCCUGCUGCAGACAUGGUAUGUUUGAUCUCUGAGCUUCACAAUGUGUUCGAUUCCCGGGCUUCCAACUCCAGGAGCAGAAGUCCCUGUUCUCAUUACGAGGGUAAACCUGAACCCUACCUGUGGUUUUGUGGAAUUAUGGGUUAACAUGGAUGAUGAGAGGAAGCACAUUUAUGAGCAGAUGAGAGAGGAAAUUCAGACUCCUCACAGAAAAUUUUCUGGAUCAGAAGGGAAACCAGGGGAUCUCUGUCUGGUUUGCAUCAGUCAGACCUGGCACAGAGCUCGGAUCAUAUCGAUUGAAAGUGAAACAUAUAAUGUCUUUCUAAUUGAUCAGGGGCAGCCCCGUGUAGUCACAAAUGAAGUUUUAGCUUGGGCUCAGAGUGACAGUUUUCUCCUCCCUCCUGAAACAGAAUGCUGCAUACUUGCAAAUGUGAUGUCCCUUGAGAAAAACUGGCCUGAUAGAGCUGUGAAGUUUUUGAUGUCUCUGCCAGAGAAGAAGUUUGAGGGAUUGGUUCAACAGGUACUGAUGCCAGAUAGGAUAAUUCUCCUUGACAUACCAGUGGUUUCCAAGCAUAUGUGUAAGUCUGGAGUUGCAAAGAAGGUCCCAGUAGAAGAAUUUAAAAACUUUGUCCUGAAAUGGCUACAUUUACACAAAGAUGAGUCUUCUGAGGCCCUUGAUGAAACACAGGAACAGAACUUGAAUGUUAGCAGCCAACAUGCUAAACAUAACCAAUACUUUUACCCAGAACUGCUAACUGACACUUUAGAAACUGCUGAUAUCACUGAGGUAACUGAUCCAGAAAAUAUUUUUUGCAAGCUCCUAAUUUUUUCCAAAGCAGUGAAGAUAUUGUCCGAACAGAUCCACCAACACUAUAAAGAGAGCACAGAUUUUGGGGAGGAACUGCCACAGAGCUGCAGGGAUCCAUGUGCUGCUAAAGGAACAGAUGGCAGAUGGCACCGCUCAUUACUAAAGCAAAACAUCGAGACUUGUGAUGGUGCUGUAGAAGUUUUGCAUGUGGAUGAAGGAAAAAAUGAUUUGGUGCCUGUUGAAGACAUCAGACCACUACUUGGAAAAUUCAUGAGAAUGCCAGUUGUCACAUAUCUUUGUUCUCUAAACGGGAUAAAAGAAAAUGGCAGCGAGUGGACUGCAGAACAGAUGGAUUUCUUGAAAUCACUGCUGAACAAGACAGUUGUGGUAAGGUUUGACCGCCAUGAUGUACUUCAAGAUAUCUAUUAUGUCACUCUCUUUGCAGCUAACGCUGCAUGCAUCAACAGUUGUUUUCUGGAGAAGGCAGGUUUUAGUUCACCCUCUGAGACUGAACAAGAUUUAAUUGUCCAGAAUGAACCCAUUGCCUCAUCAUGUCUCGGUUUACUUGGAGAUGAACAAUAUGUGAAUUUACAGAACAAAGUCAAUGUCAUUGCUGAUGGUUUACCAGAGGAAACUGUGCUAAGCUCUGGAAACAAAGCGGUCGACAGUGGGCAAGAGUGUGCGUCUCCUCACACCAAUGACAUUUGUAUGAAAGCAAGCUUUGAACAUCUGGACCCUGCAAUAGACUGCGACGGGUAUCCUGCACCAGGUCUCUCCUCGGAGUUGCAAAAUGCUUGUGAUGACGAUGCAUUUACUGUAGGAAGUAGUGUCAAUGUAAAAGUAUCUUGCAUCGAAAGUCUACAUAAGUUCUGGUGUCAAACAACAAAAAAUGAGGACUCCCUUAGAUGCCUUAUGCAAGACCUACAAAACCACUAUUCCUCUAUCCACCAUCAGCCACUUGUUGAGUCCAUCUGUGUUGCCCGUAAUCCAGAUAAUGACAUGUGGUACAGAGCAAGGAUUAUUGCAAAUAGUCACUCUCCUCUUGUAGAUGUGAGAUUCAUAGACUAUGGCCAAACUCACAAAGUCCCUCUGCGAGAUGUGCACCCCAUUGAUCCAGCUUUCUUGUGGCUGAAUGCUCAGGCUUUCCAGUGUUGUUUAUUCAGUCUGAAGAGUCCCACUAAUCCCACUGCCACCAGUUGGACUAGCGAUGCCUUAACAGAGUUUCACAAGUUUGUGGAUUUAAGUGCUUCGUCAGACUUUGGUUUGAAAUGCGUCGUAAAGGAUGUGGCAUCUGAUGAAGAAGGUCUGCCGCUUAACAUGGUAGAUAUUGAAACUGUGUCUGGUAGUGCAUGUGAGUUUCUGGCUAAGAAAUGUGUACAGUCUGAGGUACAUGUACAACCCCCUCCACAAGUCACAUCAGAUGUCAGAAAGAGGAUAGAGAAAAUGAAGCAAAACAAAAUGAGCAGUAUCAUUCAGCAAGCUGACCAGCAUCACUCUAACAACUCGACUGAAGGGCAUUUAGCACAAGAAUCAGUAUUAAUGAAGACAGCGGGACAAAAUGGAGUCCACAGUAAUGAUACGAUGUGUGCUACAGACGAUUUAAAGAGAAGCUCAAAAUUCACAGCUGAUGUGUCUGCACCACAGACUGAGCAUGUAACAGUUUUGGACAAAGGAAUAAAACCUGCGCUGCAUGUCACUCUUGAAGACAAAACCAUCAGACAGUCAGAGACUUCCGUUCAGAUUUGCUACAGUGACUCAGAAAGGACACAGUACUCCCAUCCUUGCCCUGAGGAAAACUUAACCAUCCUUAUGUACAAAUGGCCAAACAUUUCUCAAAAACAGAUUGAGGAGGUAUACGCUUCCUGCAUAGUUGGACCACAUUAUUUCUGGUGUCAGUAUAACACUGAAGAUCUGAACAUCAUAUCAAUGCUUGCUCAGGAAACUGGACAGCCAAUUUUCCCUGAGAUGCUGGUGCCUGGAAAUCCAUGCCUUGCACUCUUUUCCAGUGACAACAAGUGGUACAGAGCUCAAGUGAUUCAGAAGGCUGACAGUAUACUCAGUGUUCUAUUUAUUGACUAUGGAAAUGAGUCUGAAGUUGACAUUAAAGAUGUGAUGUCAAUGCCCCAGAGUCUGCUGGAGAUUCCUCCACAGGCAUUUCUGUGCUUUCUAAAUGGCUUUGAUGAGUCCAAGGGAUCGUGGGAUGAUGAAGUGUAUGAUGAUUUCUACAAUCUUGUGGUUGAUAAGCCACUCAAAGUGAUGGUCUUUAAUGAGGAAAAUCAUUCAAAGGUGGCAGUUCCUCAAUAUGCAGUGAAUAUUGAAUGCGAUAAGAUGCUCAUCAAUACCUUAGUGCAGAAACACUGGAAAUCAUUUUCUGUAGAAAAUUCCAAGAAUGAAUCGGAUCAAACAAAAAGUUUCCCCCAGAGCAUUCAAACUGAUUUUGAUGCUGCUAAAGGAAAUGGCAAUACUUGUAUGUACAAAGAGCCACAGCUUUCCCAAAAUGAUACACAGAUGGUAUAUGCUUCUUGCAUUGUGGAUCCUUUUUACUUCUGGUGUCAAUAUGCCAACACAGAGGAUCUCUGCAAAGUGGCACAGCUUGCUCAGGAAGCGGGACAGGCACAGCAGGACAUGAUGCUCCAUGAAACGCUUGGUCCUGGCAGUCCAUGCCUCGCUCUGUAUUCCUCUGACAACCAAUGGUACAGAGCUCAAGUAAUUGCUAAAGCUGAGAGUACACUGCGAGUUCUGUUCAUUGACUAUGGAAAUGAGUCAGAGGUUGACAUCAGGAAUGUCAGACCACUGUCCCAGACUCUUCUGGACAAGGCUCCUCGGGCAUUUUUGUGCUGCGUAAAUGGAUUUAAGGAGUCUGAGGGCUCCUGGGAUGACACAAUUUAUGAUGAGUUCUACUCUCUUGUGAUUGAUAAACCACUCAAACUGACAGUCAUCAACAUAGGACACCAUUCAGAGAUUGCUGUUCCUCAGUAUCAUGUUGAAAUUGAGAGUGAAGGAGUGACUAUGAACACACUAAUGCAGAAAUACUGGAAUCCACUUACAGAAGAAAGUGUCGGACCAGAAAAGCAUCAAACAGAAAACCUACUGCACAAUGCUCAAACUGAACCCAGUGUGACCCAAGUUUGUCCUUCCAAAGGAAAUGUUUUUAAUUUCAUGUACAAAGAGCCACGACUUUCCCGAAAUGAUUCAGAGAUGGUAUAUGUGUCUUGUGUUGUGGGACCACAUUUCUUCUGGUGCCAAUAUGCCAACACAGAGGAUCUCUGCAAAGUGGCACAGCUUGCUCAGGAAGCAGGACAGGCACAGCAGGACCUAUUUACUGAGACUCUUGGUCCAGGCAGUCCAUGCCUCGCUCUGUAUUCCAGUGACAACCAGUGGUACAGAGCCCAAGUAAUUGAGAAAGUUGACAGUACUCUGCAUAUUCUGUUCAUUGACUAUGGAAAUGAAUCUGAAUUUGACAUUAGGAAUAUAAGAUCACUGCCUCAUACUUUGCUAGACAAGGCUCCUCAGGCAUUUUUGUGCUGUUUAAGUGGAUUUAAGGAGUCUGAGGGCUCCUGGGAUGACACAGUUUAUGAUGAGUUCUACUCCCUCGUGAUUGAUAAACCACUGAAACUCAAAGUAAUCAGCAUAGGAGAACAUUCAGAGAUCACUCUACCUCAGUAUCAUGUUGAAAUUGAGUGUGAGGGAGUUGCUGUGAACACACUAAUGCAGAAAUACUGGAAACACCUGGACUCUGAUGGUGCUUUAGCAGAAACUUUGGACUCGGUGGACCAGGAUGAAACCAGGGCCACACAUGAGUGAUGGGGUUUAAAUUCAAACUGCUGUCAAGUGAUAAAGCAAAUGCUGUGGAUUGAGAGAAAUGCCUCUGGGGAGCCAAAUUGUGUCCAAGUUCUUUUUGUUUUGUG